CGAGCGCUCCCCCUUCCAAGGCAGGCACACGGAACCGGCUGUUGCCGGCGAGCCUACUGCCGCCGGUCGAAAUCCCCUCCCGCCCCUCCGCUGCCGCUCGAGCCGCAAGCAGCCAAACACCGACAAAAUCACACAAACACUGAAGCACCCAUGCCGGGCGGCGGGCCGCCCGUCCAGUCAAGACGAACCAAACCGCAGCGCCCUCGGCAGUGGCACGGCAGUUCGGCGGCGCGAGUUUGCCGAGCCGCCGAGGCCGCCCGCUCCGGCCACCAACCAUCACCACCACCACCGUCUAGGGGUUUAACCAUCAGGAGCUACAGCGGCCUCGCGGUUCGCCCGCCGAACCGAGUAGCCAGUCCCCUCCCCUCCCCGUUCCAUCUGUACACCGGAAGGGGUUCCCACGGGCUCGCGCGGACGCGCGCGGAAGUCGUCGUGGCAGCGGCGGUCCUCGUCAAACUCGAUGGUACAGUCUAAGAUCAACCCAGUGGAAGGCAGUAAGGCACGGUAUCUCCAGUCCGUCCAUUUUGUAUUGACUGUGUGAAAGCAUCUAGGCCCCUAAUUCGAGUUUUGGUAAUUAAUGACAACGGUUUGUGGAUUAACGAUUUCAUUUGAGAUAAUGAGUAUAGGUUGAUCUACGAAUGAAAGAGAUUUGGUUGUGAACGUAUGGAGUUUUGGAGAUGAUGAGCAAAGCUCGGGCUCAAGGCAAAGUUAUAAAAUAGGGCUUUUGCAUUUUACCGGUCACAAGGCGUUUAGUGGAUGAAAAGUGACCGGAUUUGUUAGAUAGAUAGCCGUACUAUCAAGAGGGGUUGUGUACUCAUGCUUGACGGGUCUUUAAUGCCAUUUUGCUCAAAAUGUCUAGUUGCAUGCAUGAGGGCUAACGGCGUUUUGAAAAGAUUUGAAAAAGACUAAGUUUGAGAGCUGACUGAGUAACGGCGGACAGUCCGCACCAGAGGGGCGGACAGUCCGCGACCGUUCCAGAGAGCUUGCAGAGUCUCUGGUGGGCUCGCGGACGGUCCGGCCCAGGUGGGCGGACGGUCCGCCACUGUAUUUCAAAUUUGUACCAGAAAGGGUGUCUGUCUAGUGUGGGCUUCAAAGUUGAACGGCGGACAGUCCGGCCAUGGGGCGCGGACAGUCCGGCCAUGGGGCGCGGACGGUCCGCCGGCUAAUCUCAAAGUUGUUCCAGAGACGAUGUUAGUCUCUGGUGGGUUGGAACUCUUAACUGCGGACGGUCCGCCACUGGGGCGCGGACGGUCCGCCAGGGCUUAACGGCUAGUUCUGACAUGUAUUAAAUGCACUCUAACUCACUGGUUUAUAACAGCGGACAGUCCGGUUUUUGAAACGCGGACGGUCCGCGACUUCGCAGAAAAGAGUGUAACGGCUAGUUUUUGAAGGGGUGUCUAUAUAUACUCAUUGCCCGGCCUUUGGAGGGCUCUCUUGGCCAUUUGGACAGCAUUCUUGACACAUUAGAGCUAAGGCAUCACUCUCUCACACACACUUGCUUAGAGAUUGCAUUCUUGAGAGUGUGAGAGCUUUCUAGUGCAUUGCAUCAAGGUUUUGAGCUUUGUGGCAUUAGGAAAACUUCAAGCAAGCGUCAUCAACUUGUUACUUUUGGGAGUUGCCGCUCCCUAGACGGCUUGGAGAAGUGGAUUUCGUGGAGCUCCUCCAAAGAGAUUGUUGAGGAGCCCCGAUUUCGGUUGUGAGAGGUUUUGUGCUCACCUCACCGGAGUGGUGAAGAGCAACUCUAGUGGAAUCGAGGUGUGGAGCGAUUCCUUGAUUCAAGCCGGCUUAAGAUCAAGAGGUUCUUGAUAGAGGAGCGGUUGAUUCUUGGAAUCCACCUCAACGUGGAUUAGGGGUGACCGGCAAGUCAUCGACACCACGGGAUAUAUUCUUGUGUCAAGGUUGGUUACUUCUUUUGCUCACUUUUAUUCUUGUCUUUACUUUGAGCAAUUUACUUUACUAGAGCUUGAUUUGUGUCUUGUCACCCUAGGUUGCAAAUCCCAUCUAGAGAUAGUAAUAGCAUGACAUAGGGCUUUCCUUUGUUACUAAUUAAAUUUCUCUAGUGUUAUUGGUUUUAGAUUUUAAACCGCCUAUUCACCCCCCCUCUAGUCGGUGUUCUUGAUCCUACACUGUGCUUCUCCAUGGUGUAUGUCAGUAUGUGCACUCGUUUGUUGUAUAUCUGUACAGUGCUGAACUGCAAAUAAUGAUUACUUGAGUAGAGGACAGUGAUCCCAUCACUACGUUAUUUUUUAAUCUAGUUGUCAUGCUGGUCUUUUCAGUGUAGCACUUUUGGUGGACCCUUCCAGUAAUUUUUCCAGUCAAAUAUGUUUAGAGAAUUCUUGAUCCCUAUCAGAUAAGGGUGAGAAAAUUGUGCCCAUGCUCGUAACCAUAGUUGCUUCCUGGAUGAUAAAGCUCAUCCACUGAAAGCUACUACUAUUUACUGCUGCAAUGCAAGAUGCAUUCUCAAUUCUCAUGCCAACCAUUUUGAAUAGAAUGGUUUUAGAUAAACAGUUGUCCUUGUAGGUUAUUGCUUAUUGCCAUACAACUUUCUGGAGAAUAGUUGGUUUAAUGUUUUCCAUUUUAAUCAGGCGAAGUGUGCAAGCUACCUUAUAAAUUGAGGAUAUCAGUGGGACCUAUUUUACAUAUUACUCUCAAUAGAAUAACAUUUACAUGUUUGUAAAAUUGGUGCAGAAAAUGAAGAGGGAAAUAUUAGCAUUCUUUUUCCAUCAGAAUGUUCAAAAGAUUUGCUAGAACUUGGAUCUCGAAUUGUCGAGUGAAGUCAACAGCCUGACUGAACCGUAUAUCUGCAAAUUUCUAAUUGUAUCCUUGUUUACUGGGGUAUGUACAGUUAUGUACAUAUUGCAUAACAUGAAAACUGCAUACAAGUAUACAACCCUCUCAUCAACUAAAAUAUAGAUAGUGACUGGUUAAGACCCUUGGAAACCAUGGUCAUGCUACUCAUGUAGUUGCAUGACCUUACAACAGAGCUAAGGACUGCCCUUUCCACCUCUUCUGAGGGCUUUCUCCUAAGCAAGCACAUCACAUACUCCAUCACUGCUGCCUCACAAGGCACUGUGAUCCUUUCUUCACUUGUGAACCCAAACUCAUCCUCAGACAUCCUCAGUAGCUCCCCAAAAACGUUUGUACUAAGAUACACCAAAGGGACCUCAAAUCGCUUACCAUCAGCUGUGUAGACGAUGCAGUGACCUUUGUUUGCUAUGGCUGAUGCGCAAUAUAGGUUGCCAUCUUUGGUUGCAGUGAUUGUUGUCAGCCUCCUCCCAAGGGCUGCCAUAUGUUGCCACUUCUUUGCCAGUUGAACUAGCCUCUUCGGAUGUAUCAUGUUGGAACUCUAUGAGAUAAGCUUUUGGUGCACUGUGCUGUUGCUUCAGUUUUUUUAUGAGUUGUGAAGAUGAUAUUCGCUAGUUUCAUGUACUUAUAGGAUAGCAAGGGAGCACUGGAGCCAUAAGGUACGUCCAAAGCGUGUAGGCAUCAGUAUGGCUAGUGGGCAAGAGACAAAGCCAUGGACUUUAUCUUCCUAGAUGUUGCCAUCUUGCUCUGUAUGAUUGAGUUUGAUGCAUAUUUUUCCUCUUAGCCUAUUGGUACACUUUGGGUCCACUCUAUUAAUCUUUUUUCUUCAGUCCAGUCUAUUUAUCAUUUAUGUCAGCUUCGUCCUUCCAUUAUAGUACACAGUUUCCUGCUGCUUGGUUUUACACUUGUAUCUGGUUUCAUUGGCAGUAAUAUUGCAGAUGGGCACUAAUUUUUUUUAUCAAGAAUUAUUUGAGAUUUACUAUAUGGACCAGGGAAUUCGUGCGAAUACUUUUUUUUCUUAAGGUAUGGUAAAAAAAAGGGUAUAAUGAUAAAUAUCCAAUCGAAAAGGUCCAAAAUUUAGGCUUCUUCAUUUCCCAUGCUAUUUCUACCAUUUCAACCAAUGUAAGAACACUCUUCAUUAUAUUCUUUUGGGUAAAUUCAACAUAUUGGUAUAAAGAUAUAGGAAGAUGAAUUUUCUGUCUGUUUGACCUACUUAUCAUUUGCCUAACAGCUUCAGGGUCUUACAUUAGUCGGAUGUCUUUCCAAGACACUCAUUUUAUGCUGGUGGAUUAACAUCUUUAUUAGUUACUUCUUAUCUUUUGUUUGGUGUUCUUAUUUCAAUAUUUCUGUGGUCUACAGUCCAUAGAGUCGUCCUACCUUUUUCCUUGCUGGACCAGCAGACAUGCAAGUAUGAGCAUGUGGCCAAAUUUGUACCCAAUUGGAGGUUUCUUCUCUAACCAUUGUUUUAUGGAUUCAGUCAAAAUCUAGUGGCGAUUGAACUUUCUUGCUGUACUGGGGAUCCUGUACUAUCCUGUACACGAUUUAUCUGUUGUUGCUGUUUCUGUCAGCAUCUGGACCAUAUUCUUGAUGAAUAUUCAUCCUGAACAGGCAAAUAAAUUAUUUUGUUUUCGAAGUGAAAGGCUUGCUCUGUCCAAGAGUCCUGCAUAGGUAAUUAUAUUGAAGAGCUAGAGUAGCUGCUAAUUUGUGAAACCAUCUAUUCAUUAAUAAAUACAGAGUUCCAGGGAUUUUAUGUUAGCUCUUUUAUUGUUAUAGAAACACACCUUUAAAGUUCUGCCUCUAAUCUUGUAGGCUGUCCUGUAAACUCUUGUUGUCUGACGUCUGAUUUUUCUUUUCAAUGCUCAUGGCUUAGUGGUAUUUCAUGAUUACUGGCACUUCAAUCAGAUAUUAAGAUGGGAUAUGCUAAGUUGUACUCUCCAUUUCAGGUAUCCUAUUUUUUUUUCUCGAACGGCGCAUGAGGACUGCGCGUCAUUUCAUUUAAGAUAGAAAAAAAGAGAGAGUACAGAGGUUAGACAACCCCUGUACUCCGUACAGUUCAGGUAUCCUAUUCAGAACUAUUUUACAUUAUAUUGGAUAUGUUACAAGCAAACAGUGCAAAACCCUGUGUAUCUUCAAGAACUACGGACUGAAUUCACUGAAUUAUUGAUGCGGUGCUACCAAGUGGCAACACAGAUACCCCCAAGGAAAUCCAAUCAAAGUCGCAUUGAUUUCUCUUGCAACGUUGCAUGUUCAGAACUCGUGGCAUUGUCUCCUGCCAGCCUGAGUUCAGAUCUCUGCUUGAACAGCAUGCUUCUCUUUCCCUUCACACCUAUAAAUCCAUCAGCGUAGCACCAACACUUUAUGGUCCAUCUUCAAGCUGAGCACUACAGCUAGUGGCUGAACACCACCCGCUACAAGCUGAAAUUCUCUCUGAAGUCUGAACUUCUAACCACAACAGAAGGAGAAGCAACCAUGGUCAGUGCCAAGAGACUUGUUCAAAUGGCAAAGUAACUGGCAGAGAAUGGCGGCCCUCACGAUGAAGCGGAUCACGUGACUCACAUCCCCGGCGAAAGAAAUAGAAGGGUCACCGUGCAGCACGUCGUCGGUGGCUGGCAAGGGCUCCUGCGUGGUGUACUCGGCCGAUGGCAGGCAGUUCGAGGUCCCGCUGGAGUAUACCUCGACACGACGAUCUUCGGCGAACUCCGUCUGUCGCAAGAGGAAUUUGGGUUCGCCGGCAAAUGAACAAGUUAUUCUAUACAGUCAUAAUGAUACAAGUCAACCAGUCAUAUUGGAAAUUUGGAAUUGGAUGAUUGGCAAGGCUGCAACCUGCAAGGGACAAGGCCAUGAGCGCGGUACGUGCCUAUAUUUUGGAUCAGAUUCUGAUGGGGCCAAGUGUUUGGUGCAUUCCGUAACAAGCUGUAGUGCUCUUUCGGUGCUUGGAUCAGACACUACACGUUGCAGCCAUGCCCAGUAUAGGAGGGAGGAGGAACAAGGACCCCAUGUUAAUUGGGGCCAGGCUAGUUCAGGUAACUGUAGUGCAAUCAGAUAUUGACAGAGCAUAUGCUUUUCAUGGUAGGAGUCCUUUUGGUUUGAUGUCCAUGGGUGAGACUUCAAGAGUUUGGAAACUUAGGUUCGUCAGGCAGCUGUCAUCUAAAGAUGAUUUGGCUACGGGGAUCCUAUUUUGGAAGUCCACUGAUCGAGAUUGGAUUAAUUUGGAGUACCACAUUUUUGUUAGCCUCUCCUUUGUGUGUACGCCUGUGUGCUCCAUUUCAACACGUGUUUUUCAUACAGAAGGAUCAGACCUGCAAAUUCCCAAAGAAUGGUGAUAGGAAAUUCGCAGACAGCAAAUUGAAGAGGUGAUAUGAAGCUUCGGGCAAGUUAUCUGGACCGUUGAGCACUUCUAAUCUGGUUGCUCAGACUACAUGUUUGAAUCUGAGGAUCCUAUUCAGAUCCUGAAAAAUGACAGUAAUAAUGGCCGAAAAAUGCUUGACAUCUCACUGAAUCACGAAGAAUUCGUCAUAACACGUUGGGCCCAAUUUACAUGUGGUCUUCACGAUGCAUGCUUCAUGGACAGAACUGGUCAGUAUGGCAGCAUAUUGUGAUAUCCACACAAUGCGACUAGUGUCUCCAACAAAUGGCAACACAGGUGGCCCAGGAGAAAUCAAAUCAAAAUCACGUCGCUUUCUCUUGCAACACUGCAUGUUCAGAGCUCGUGGGCAUGUCUGCUGCUAGCUUGUUCAGAUAGCUGCUCUUCAACCCCAUGCUUCUCUUUCCCCUCACCUAUAAAUCCACCAGCUUAGCACCAACACUUCAUAAACCUAUCUGCAAGCUAAGCAUUACAGCUAGUAGCUGAUCACCCACCCGAUACAAGCAGGAGAAGCAACCAUGGUCAGUGCCAAGAGACUUGUUCAAAUGGCCAAGAAGUGGCAGAGAAUGGCAGCCCUCGCGAGGAAAAGGAUCACGUCGCCGGCGAAAGAAACCGAAGGGUCGUCGUGCAGCACGGCGUUGGUGGCCGGCAAGGGCCACUGCGUGGUGUACUCGGCCGACGGCAGGCGGUUCGAGGUUCCGCUGGUGUACCUCGGCACAGCGAUCUUCGGCGAGCUCCUGAGCCUGUCGCAGGAGGAGUUCGGAUUCGCCGGCGAUGACGGCAGGAUCACACUUCCCUGCGACGCUGCCAUGAUGGAGUACGUGAUGUGUCUGCUCGGAAGAGACGCAUCAGAAGAGGUACUGAGGGCGUUCUUGAGCUUUAUGGCGAGGCCUUGCCACUGCGGACAUGGCUUGGCGCAAUCCACGGGUGUUAGCCAGCAAGUUGCUGUCUCUAGCUUCUGAAGAUUAGCACUCAGAUUGUUUUCUUUUUCUUGCAUGAUACGUGUAAAUAGUUACAUGUGGGAGAUUGGAAACGAAACUAGAUAUGCUUGUUCAAAAAGAAAUAGAACAGAGAUAUACACAUCCUGUUUUUGAUCUAA